CUAUUCUCUCAGAUUAUGACCCAUUCUAUGUGAUUGCCUUUUUCAUAAUUUCCUAUUUCAAUCUCCCUAGAGUAUCAAGGUCAUUUUAGUCAUUUUUAGCUAUAUCAACCCUCCCUGUCAGUCACACUCCCUACCAAAGGCCUACCUCCCCUCCUUUCCACCCUUACCUAUGGGGACCUCUCCUCUCACUCCUCACCUACCGCUUUCCCUCCCACCCCAAAACAUCCAAAGCCCUACCACAAAAUAUCCACUCUACCCCACCACCCAAAACCAAACAAAAACCCUAGAAUCCCUCCAUUUCCUCAUCAAAGAUGGCAACCCAAUACAGGCAAACAUUCUCCACACACAUCUAACAAAAACCCUUGGGAUCCAACCUGAUGUCACACUGGAAACCAAGCUCUUGAACCUCUACCUAAAAAAUGACCAUUUUCCCCUUGCCCAGAAGCUCUUUGAUGAGAUGCCUGAGAGAAACACAGUCACAUGGACCUCCAUGGUUUCUGGCCUCUCUCAAAUGGGUCUCCAUGAAAAUGCUCUUCGGGUUUUGAUAGACAUGCAUAGAUCCUGUGUAGAACUUAAUGAGUUCACAUUUGUUAGCGCACUCUCAGCCUGCGCAAAUCUGCCAUCUCUGAGAUUGGGUGAGCAAAUUCAUGGCCAUAUGAUCAAAGCCAUGGUUAUAAAUGGCAUACAUGGUUCAACUGCACUCAUAGACAUGUAUUCCAAGUGUGGUUCGAUAGGGAAUGCAUCAGAUGUCUUCGAAAGAAUGGAAGGAAGGAACAUGGUCACUUGGGGUGCCAUGAUAUCUGGACUCGUUCACAAUGGGCUUGAGCUCAAAGCCCUCGAACUCUUCUCUGAAAUGAUGGGCUUGGGCUUCGAACCCAAUGAUUUCACUGUGGCUAUAGCCCUUGGGGCCUGUGGCUCAAGCCAUGGUCUAGAUGGUCCAGCCCGAGAGCUCCAUGGCUGCACGAUUAAGUUCGGUCUAUCUUCAAAUUGCAGAGUUGCCAAUGCAAUCUUGACCAUGUAUGCUCGAAAAGGAUGGUUAAAUGAUCUAAUGAAAGUGUUUGAUGGGAUGCCUAAGAGAGACCAUGUUUCUUGGUCAGCUGCCAUUAAUGGCUUGGCCCAAACUGGGUAUGACUUAGAGGCAUUGCACACUCUUCGGGCCAUGCAUCGAGCCCGGGUUCACCCCACCGAGCAUGCUUUAGCCGGGGGUGUCAGCUCAUGUGCUCGAGCUGCUGGCUUAGCCCAAGGCCAACACCUUCAUGGCUUAGCCAUAAAGCUUGGCCAUGCAUUCAAAACAUGCUCAGGCAAUGCACUCGUAACCAUGUACGCAAAGGCUGGAAGUUUAACCGAUGCCAUGACGAUGUUUGACGUUAUUUCGUCACACAACACCAUGUCAUACAAUGCCCUUAUACAUGCCCAUGCAUGCCAUGGCCAUGCCAAGGAGGCCCUUGCAUUGCUUCAAGAGAUGUCUAGGGUGGGGUUUCAACCUGAUGGCGUAACUCUCUUGGGUGUCAUGCAUGCUUGUAGCCAUGCAGGGUACCCAGAUCAUGUAUGCAAAAUCAUGCAUGACAUGCAUAAUUUAUAUGGGAUCAGGCCACACAUGGAGCACUAUGCAUGUAUGGUGGAUGGCAUGGUGAGGGCGGGGAGGUUGAGAGAGGCGGCCGGUCUCGUUUUCAGGAUGCCAUACGAGCCCGACGGUUCGAUAUGGAAGGCCAUUUUGUUUGGGUGCAAAGUCCAUGGUGACAUCAAGCUCGGCAAAUAUGCCGCCAAGAUCGCAUCCAAGUGCGAGCCAGGCGAUCCGGCCGCCUAUGUGCUUCUCUCUAAUGCGCAUGCUAUGCGUGGGGAGUGGGCGGAUGUAGAGAGAGUGAGAGAGGAGAUGGAGAGGAGGUGUGUGAAGAAGGAAGCUGGUUGUAGCUGGAUAGAGAUGAGAGGAAGUGUUCAUGUUUUUCUUGCUAAGGAUGUUUCUCACUCGAGAACAAGUGACAUCUAUGCUUGCUUGGAGAACUUGUUGUUGGCGUUGAGAGAGGUUGGCUAUGCGCCUGAUCUAAGCUUCACACAAAAAGUUUCUAUAAAGGAAGGGACUUCACCUCUUUCACCCAAAUCCACCACCUCCUCCUCUCCCAAUCUCACUCUAAAACCACCACCAACCACCAUGUCCUCCUCCUCUCACAUUGUCUCUCUUAAAACACCACCAACCACCAGGUUCCCCUCUCUCAACCUCUCCCUAAAACCUCCCACCACCAUCUACCCCUCCUCCCCCGCCCGCCAUGAGACAAUCUUCCUCUCCAACAUCGACCAGACUCUCGCCUUCACCGUCGAGACCGUCCACUUUUUCGCCCCGAACCCUGGCUUCUCUCCUUCUCUAGUCUCCUCAAUUCUCAAAACUUCACUCUCUAGGCUCCUCGUCUUCUAUCCGUUCAUGGCCGGCCGCCUCCGGUUCAACCAAGAUAACCGCCUUGAGCUCGACUCAAAUUCCGCUGGUGCCAUCUUUUCGGAGGCUUUUUGCGAUCUCAACCUCUCGGAUGUCGGUGACCUCACUUACCCGGACCCCAUUUUCCGGCAGCUCUUUCAUCGGCCAGAAAAUCUGGCCAUCGAAGACUUACCCCUCUGUCAAAUUCAGCUCACCACUUUCAAAUGCGGUGGUUUUUCUAUAGGCCUUGGAACCAACCACACAACCCUAGAUGGAAUUGGGGCCUCAACCUUCAUUAAGAACUUAGCUUCAUUGGCAUCAGGGGAAGGCCUGAAGGCCGAGCCCUACAAUAACAGGCGUCUUUUAAGUUCAAGAAAUCCGGCGAACAUACAAUUUGAGCACCCGGAACUGGUGGUGCUCGAUGGCAUCCAAACUGGAGCGAACGGCUUCAGGAGGUGCACCCCAAACCCAGCCCCCCAAGAGGCCCCUGAGGGGUUGCCUGAAAAGUUAGGGUUCAAGCUUUUCCGGCUUUCAGCCGAGGACAUCGAUUUGCUGAAAAAGGUGGCCAUGCAAGGGGAGAGAGACAGAAAUGGGGGUGGUGCACAUAAUUGCACCAGUUUUGAGGUGGUCACUGCUCAUCUUUGGAGGUGCAGGGCUAUAGCAACUUCUCUCUCUAAAACUCCCGAUGAUCUAGACAUUAGCUCAGAUGGGGUUGAUUUAGAUAGCUUGUCCAUGGUCUUAUUUGCAGUUGAUAUAAGGAAGAGGGUGAAGCCUCCAUUGCCUACUGGUUAUUGUGGGAAUGCAGUUUUAGCUGGUUAUGGGAGAGCUAGAGUGAGAGAGCUUAGAGAGAGAGGACUGGGUUUUAGUGUGAGCAAGGUGAGAGAGGGGGUUGAGAGGAUGGAUGAUGAGUAUGUGAGGUCGGUUAUAGAUUGGGGAGAGAUACACAAAGGGGUACCUGGUGGGAAGGGGAGCUUCUUUGUGUCUUCAUGGUGGAAAUUAGGGUUUGAGGAGGCAGAGUAUCCAUGGGGCAAGGCCUUGUAUUCUGGGCCUUCUGUUCAUAGAAGAGAUGAUGCUGUUCUUCUGCUUCCUGAUACAGUUAGCAGGAGGAAUGGAGGUAAAGAAGGAGUGAAUAUUUUCAUGGCCUUGCCUCCAUUUCAGAUGGACAAGUUUCAGGAGUUGCUUUUGGGUGGCCUCUCAAAGUCAAUGUGGAACGGGAAUAAAUGCAUACAAAAUGGUGCAAUAACGAAUGGAAAACAAGUGGAGUUAAUUUUGUUUGGUGAUUUUGUAAUUGCAGGGCAGUGCAUUAAAGCUUUUAUUACAAAAUCGAUCUCUCCAACACAUCAAUCUCUCUCACACACGCAUCAACCAUCAAUUUCUCUCUCUCUCUCUCUAAAUUACCAGGACUCUCUGUAUCUCUCAUGGUUCUUUCCUUGUAUGAUGGUCCAUGCAACGGCUACUAUUUCAAAAUGUUACCACCUUCUCAACCCCAAAUUACCACAAGUUUCUUCAUCAGAGACCCUGUUUUCCUUAUUCUCCCUAAAAUCCCAUCAACACUCGACUCUCUCUCUCCUCCAAAACUGCAACACCUGGAAACAAUUCAAGGAAAUUCACGCAAGAGCCAUCGUUUCUGGCCAAACCCAAGAUCAAACUACAGCGAGAAAGAUCAUAGAGAUAUGCAUAGCCUCGAAGCUCCGCCACCUGAAUUAUGCCAAACUAAUAUUCCGAGAGAUUCAAAACCCAGAUGUCAUUAUAUGGAAUACAUUGAUCAGAGGCUUUUCGGAUAGUGAAAUGCCCCAAGUUGCAAUCUCUCUCUACAACGAACUGGUCUCGUCUGAGACCUUGAGACCCGACAAUUACACUUUCCCGUUCGUUAUAAGAGCCUGUGCAAAUCUCUAUGCUAUUCGUAAAGGGAAAGAGAUCCAUGGGUUCAUCUCCAAGAUGGGUUUUCAAUCGUAUUGUCACAUGAUGAGCUCUUUGCUCAAUAUGUAUUCUGGUUUCAGAGAAAUAAACAGUGCUCGCCAAGUUUUCGAUGAAUUUACUGAUAAGGAUUUGGUUUUUUGGAAUAGCAUGAUUUCGGGGUACGUCAAAUGUGGAAGAUACUUAGAUGCUCUGAAUCUUUUAAAAGAUUUGGAAUCGAGAUGCGUGAGGCCUAAUGAAGUUACUAUAAUUCACCUUAUAUCAGCUUGUACAUUGUCGAGAGAUUUGGAGAUGGGGAGAUACAUACAUAAUUAUGCAGUAAAUAGCGGAUGCAUCAAUACCAUGAGCAUGAAAUUGGGCUCUUCUCUUAUUGAUAUGUAUGCGAAAUGUGGGUGCUUGGAAUCCUCGAGAGAGUUGUUUCACAGAAUGCCUCAAAGAAAUACUAUUGUUUGGAACUCGAUGAUUUCAGGUUAUUCUCGAAUGGGGCUGUUUACAGAAUCAAUGAGUUUGUUUAGAGAGAUGCAAUCUUUGAAUGUAAACCCUGAUGAGUUCACUGUAUCAACUGUCUUAUCUGCCUGUGCAGGAAUUGGGGCCUUGAGCUUGGGCAAAUGGGUCCAUCGAUUUAUUGAAAAGAACAAAAUUUGGGAUAUUUUCAUAGGAACUGCCCUAAUCGACAUGUACGCCAAAUGUGGGUCAGUGGCUGAUUCAAGAAAUGUGUUCAAUAAGAUGCCUGAAAAGAAUUUAACAACAUGGAAUGCCAUGAUGUCAGGUUACUCCAUGCAUGGGCAUGCUAGAGAAGCCAUUGUUGUCUUCAUGGCAAUGAUAGAUGCAUCCAUAGAACCUGAUUCUAUCACUUUUGUGGCAGUCUUGUCUGCUUGUGCCCAUGCAGGUUUGGUAGAAGAUGGGUUUCGGUUCUUUGAUUCGAUGGUUAAAGAUUAUGGAAUCAAGCCAAAAAUCGAGCAUUACGGAUGCAUAGUAGAUCUUCUUGGACGGUCGGGGAGAUUAAAAGAAGCCAUGAUAUUCAUUGAAAGAAUGCCUUUUCAACCUAAUAUCAUCAUUUGGGGCUCGUUGCUAAAUGCUUGUAGUGUUCAUGGCAACGCUGAGAUAGGGAAGAGGGUAGCAGAUCAUCUUUUAAGGCUCAAUGAAAUGGAUAGUGGAGUGUAUAUAUUAGUAUCUAAUAUUUUGGCAUCGGCGAGGAGGUUUGAAGAUGUGAAGAAAGUGAGGGAGAUGAUGAGAGAAAAAGGGUACCGAAAGGCUCCUGGGUGCAGCUUAAUUGAGAUUGGCGAUAUCGUGUAUGAGUUUGCAGUUGCAGAUAGAGCAAAUCCCCAGAGCGAAGAGAUUUACAUGGUGUUGGAUGAGUUAACCAGGGAAUCUGAAAUGGCAGGUUAUGUGCCAUUGCUUAGAACUGAUUGGGAGUAUUAAAAAAGACUCAUCACUGCUACAUU